AUCCCGCCAGCCUAACUUCUCCCUUUCAGCCAUGGCGGUUGCUCCCUCCCUUUAACUGCACCCACUCCAACUCUUAUUACCGUCGCCUCGCCUUGCCACCCGCCUUAGUUAGAACUUAAGAACCGCCUCGCGCACCAUCCGGACAUCACCCGAGUAACAGUCGCUGGCUCUCUGGUAUCGAAGAGCGUUCUGCAUUGCGUUACUGUUUGCUCCUCGUCCCUCACUUAUACGUCGCACGUCGCGAUCUUUAGGUGCAAGCUAUUUACUUAGCCUUCUCGUAUAAUAUUAUCCUGAGACGGAGUCUCGCUUACGCUCUCUAUUUUCGCGAGACGCAUUACGUCGCUAGCGGUUAACGGAGACUGUGCUAUCUAGUGCGUAUGGUUCUGCAACCCUAAUUGCAGAAUAGACCCAUGGGUAACUGUUAAAGUCGUAUUAGUUGCUGAGCUAUCGAGGUAGGUGGACCUAUGGGUGGGUGCCUAUCUACCCCGAAGGCGACGAUAGAGGAGCAGAGACCCAAUAACGCACCCCCACCAGGUGGCGAGCCGCCUAAAGUUGCUGGGGGUGCGCCCGCUCCGGAGCCGGGAAGCAACAAUCAGCAGCAGCAGGAGGAGGAGCAAUGGCGGAUGCAGCAGCAGAAAGAGCAGGAGGCGCUGCAGCAGAAGCAAGCGUACGAGCGCAACAGAUGCAGGAACAGCAGCAGCUACAGAUGCAACAGCAGCAGCAGAUGCACUACCAGCAGCAGCAGAUGCAGAUGCAGCAGCAGCAGCAACAGCAGCAACAAAUGUACAUGCAACAGCAGCAGCAGCAGCAGCAGUACGGGUCAGAUCAGCAAGGGUAUAAUCCUCAAUACGCGCUGCAACAACAAGACCCCCGGUACAUGCAGCAGCAGCAGCAGCAGUUACAGUACCACCAGCAGCAGCAGCAGCAGCAGCAGCAGCCACCACCCAUGAACCCCUACCAGCAGCCCCCCCAUCUAGCCCCCCAACUCCCUCCGGGGGGGUGGGGAGGCGGAGCGGCCGUAGCAGCAGCAGGAGGAGGGGGAGGUGGAGCCGGGGGAGGUGUUAUCGGGUAUCAGGAGCAGCCUGCGGAGCUACAGGAAUAUUCGUACCAGGAUUUAGUUGAUGCGACGGAAGAUUUUCAGGAACACUCGGUGCUGGGAGAGGGCGGGUUCGGGAAGGUUUAUAAGGGGUAUGUUUUGGACCGGUUUCCGGUGGAGGGCGGGCCGCCCGUGACGGCGACAGUGGCGAUAAAGAAACUGAACCCGUCGGGUUACCAGAGCAAAGUGGAGUGGAUGAGGGAGAUCCUGGUGCUGGGCAAGCUGAACCACCCGAAUCUGGUGCGACUGAUAGGGUACUGCGCGGAGCUGGAGGAGAUGCUGCUCGUCUACGAGUUUGUGCCCCGGGGCAGUCUUGACUACCACCUCUGGCCAGCCCCCAAUGUCCCUGCAGACCCCCUGCCAUGGCAAGCGCGCCUGCGCAUCGCCCACGACGCGGCCUGUGGCUUGGCGCACCUGCACGCCAGCAACUUCAUCCACCGCGACUUCAAGGCGCCCAACAUCCUCAUUGCCGAGAACUACGCAGGCAAGCUGACGGAUUUCGGGCUGGCGAAGGAUGGGCCGGAUGCGGGGCAGACGCAUGUGUCAACGCAGAUCAUGGGCACCAUGGGGUACCUGGACCCGCGAUACGCCGAAACAGGCCAGCUGACAGUGAAGAGUGACGUGUAUGCCUAUGGCGUGGUCCUCCUAGAGCUCCUCACAGGCAAGAAGGCCAUGGGAAUCAGCCCUGGCGGCAAGCCCAAGACCCUCACCUCCUGGGCUCGCCCGUACCUCAACAAGGCUCGGCCGGACCUGGAGUCCCUGGUGGACCCGAACCUGAUUGACCCGUUCCCUGAGAAGGUGGCUCGGACGCUGGCUAUUUCGGCGAAGCACUGCAUCCAGGAUGACACCAACAUGCGGCCCAUGAUGAGCGACAUUGUCGACACGCUCAGGCCUCUCAACACGGCUAUUAAUGGCCGCCGCUAAGUGUUCUUCUGGCUCUUAGCCAAGGGUGGUGGCGAGAAGGUGGAGGGAAAGGUGGAGAGGAGGUGGAGGGGAAGGUGGAGAGGAGGUGGAGGGAAGGUGGAGAGGAGGUGGAGGGGAGGGUGGAGAGAAGGCGGAGGGCAGGGGGGUGUGGGACGACGGCAGAUAGCAAGAGCAGUGCGGGGAGGGGAGCGAGUGUGUGCAGCGGAGUUAGAUUGACAGACCAGGGCAGUGCCCCCGGGGAGUCAAUCUAGCACAGGGCGUGGCGUUUUGAACGAAUGACCGUUAUCAGUGACUGGCUGAGUGGCCAUCAGUCGACAUCUGUCGGCUGAGGGGAGAUGGGGGGUCUGGCAAGGCAGCUGUAGUGACAAGCAAGGCAGCUGUGGGUAUGCUUGAUGGAUGCGCACCUGAGUCGGGGGAGGUUGAGCAGAAGCGGCUGGAGAGUCUUUUGCACUGGCCUAGGGUGGGGUGUUCAGCCGUGGUCUUUGCUUGGGUGGUGAGGUGAACUAGGGGCUGUCAGAUGUGUGUUUGAGCCUCCAGUUUUGUUAUUUGGUGAAUAUAACAUAUCAGUGGGUUGUUAUGGUAUGCGGGUGAGGGGGAGAGGGGGGGGAGGGGGAGGUGGGAAGGGGGGGGGGAAAUGGGGGGGUGGGGGGAUGUGACUUGUGAGGGUGUAGUUGACAUGUUUCAUCUAGCAUGGAGCUCAGGUAGUGGGCAUGGGAUGGAGAGGCACAAUGCAGCUGCUUAGGCAACUGGGUCCAUGUGGGCCUGGUGGUUGGAUAGGACGAAGGGCCCUUUUACAGUGGUGGUCUUAGGAAAGUCUUUGAUUAGUUAUUUAGGGAGACGGUGGCUGCUCUUUUGUGUCGGCCUUAUGUGGCGUAGGAGUGCAGUUUGUCAGCUUCCUCCUGACCUGAUGCGCACUUAUGAUAGGUGAGGCGUUUUGCUCUAUUUAUUAGAAGGGUGAUGGGAGCGCUCACAUUUGAAUGCAAGUGGGUACGCCAUGAAUAAGACAUUUGUAGGAUU